CAGAUAUAGUGAUGCGGGGUCCUGGAAGACCAGAUAUAGUGAAUGCGGGGUCCUGGAAGACCAGAUAUAGUGAAUGCGGGGUCCGGGGAGACCAGAUAUAGUGAAUGCAGGGUCCUGGAAGACCGGGGGAGACCAGAUAUAGUGAAUGCAGGGUCCGGGGAGAGCAGAUAUAGUGAAUGCAGGGUCCGGGGAGACCAGAUAUAGUGAAUGCAGGGUGAAUGUAGGGUCGGGGAGACCAGAUAUAGUGAAUGCAGGGUCCGGGGAGAGCAGAUAUAGUGAAUGCAGGGGUCCGGGGAGAGCAGAUAUAGUGAAUGCAGGGGUCCGGGGAGACCAGAUAUAGUGAAUGCAGGGUCCGAG